AUUGUUAUCCAAAUCAAACUGAGUCUGUGUGAGUCGAAUAAAUGAUUCUGGUUUCUGAAUUGUGAUUGAGUUUUUGUUUUGUGUUAAAUUUUUCAUUUUAGUUCCAAAAAAAAGAAAAACAUAGAAUUUUUAUCUAACCUGUAAAUAAUCCAAGAUCAAUAAUGAUGAUGAAUCGUCAUCAAAAUAACCAGAUAAAUUAUCAUUAUGCUCGUGGACAGCCAAAUCAUCGUCGUAAUCGUAAUUGUGGCCAUAAUUCAAGCAAUCAUUAUAAUCGUAAUCAAGCUGCUGCUGCUGCUGCCAUUCAACAUUCACAAACAUCUCAUCAUCAUCAUCAUUGUCGUCAUUGUCCACCAUUAUUGGAUGAAGAUUUUACAUUCAUAUCACCAUAUGUUAAAUAUUCAUUAUUCUUUUUCAAUCUUAUAUUCUGGCUAAUUGGUACAACAUUGAUUUCAUUAGGUGUUUGGUCUUUUUUCGAAGAAUAUGAAUACAAUCUAUUCAAAUUGCGUAAUAUUUUCGAUUUCAUUUUACAUAUAUCGGUGGCAUUAGUAUUUUCUGGUUCGGUUAUAUUUUCAAUGAGUUUAAUGGGUUGUUUAGGAGCAUUACGUGAAAAUCUUUGCCUUAUCAAAUUGUAUUCAUUAAUGCUGUUAAUAUUAUUUGUCGGUGAAGUUACAAUAUCAAGUUUGGCAUUUGUAUUUCCACAAACAGUUUUACAUUUCCUUAAAGAUCAUCUAUCAAAAGAUAUGAUUACAAAAUAUCGUGAAGAUUCAAAUUUACAGAAUUUAAUCGAUAUAAUACAGCUACAAUUUAAAUGUUGUGGCAUUUCGGAUCAUGGCUAUAAAGAUUGGUCAAUGAAUAUCUAUUUCAAUUGUACAUUUAUUAAUCCAAGUUCUGAACGUUGUGCUGUGCCUUUUUCCUGUUGUCGUAAUCUAAAGACAGAAAUCAAUUCAAUGUGUGGCUAUAAUAUGCAGAAUCUAAGUUCAGUGGUUGAAAUUAAUAAAUAUGUUUAUACACGUGGAUGUGUGGAAGCUAUUAGUGAAUUGGUUGAUCGUAAUAUGAAUUUGGUUGCAAUCGUUUGUCUUGGAUCAGCAUUGGCACAGCUAUUUGCAAUGUUUCUUGCACGAUCAUUACAAGGACAGAUUUUUGCACAACGUGCACGUUGGAUGUAAUGGUUGUUACACGUGUGUCGAAUGAAUCAGGUGCCAAAUUUUCAUUAUUUACAAUCUUUUUGUUCUUUCAAUUUUUUUUUUUGCUGCCAAUUAAA